GGGGAGAGAGAGAGAGAGUGAGAGAGCAAGAGAGAGAGAGAUGGGGGCAGAAAGCUAGGGAAAGAGCUAUCAAACGAGGUGAAGCUGGGGCCUGGCCGGGCAAAUAAGGACCCCGCAAACUUUGCAUCGGAAGAAAUAACACAGUACAGAGCAGUGGAAGAAUUUUAUGGCGGAGAGACACAACGGAUGAGUGUUGUCGUGCCGUGUGUGUCUCCAGGUCUCCGGUGAGGUUGGUGCCACCAUGUCUCAGCUGCUCCACGUGGAGAUCCCCAACUUCGGCAGCACGGUGCUGGGCUCGCUGAACGAGCAGCGGCUGCUGGGUCAGUACUGCGACGUGUCCAUCAUGGUGAAGGGCCAGGCCUUUAAGGCCCACCGCGCCGUGCUGGCCGCCAGCAGCCUCUACUUCCGCGACCUGUUCGGCGGCAGCUCCAAGACGCAGUUCGAGCUGCCCUCGUCCGUCACGCCGUCCUGCUUCCAGCAGAUCCUGUCCUUCUGCUACACGGGCAAGCUGACCAUGGCGGCCAGCGAGCAGCUGGUGGUGAUGUACACGGCCGGCUACCUGCAGAUCCAGCACAUCGUGGAGCGCGGCAUGGACCUGAUGUUCAAGGCCAACUCUCCGCACUGCGACUCCCAGACGGCCGCCAUGGAGGAGCAGGGCUCCGAGCCGCAGAGUCCCAGCAACCACGGUAACAGCGCCGGCAACCACGGCAACGCUGCCAUGGCCUCGGCCGCCGCCUCCCUGCUGGCCUUCCCCGGCUGGUCCCCCGCGCUGCCCCCCCCCACACGCCGCAUCAAGCUGGAGGGGGGCGGAGAGAGCGCGCCACUCAACCUGCAGACGCUGGGGGGGGGCAAGCGUGGAUCUGGGGAGAGCAGCGGGGGGUCGGGGGGGAGCAGUCGGGGGUCAGGAGGAGGAGGAGGAGGAGGGGGGGCCCUGCGGGGCAGCUCACUCUUCUACGCCGCCGGGGGGGGCACCCCCAUCUUCCCCGGGGUGCAGGGCUACCCGCUGGUGCCCGGCGAGCGCUCCAGUCCGGGCGCGUCCAGCCUGCCCACCACCGACAGCCCCACGUCCUAUCAGAACGAGGACGAGGAGUUUGAGGAGGAGCCGUACGACGGCAUCACGGAGGAGGCCUACAGCCAGCUGUACGGGCGCACGGCCAACCCCUACGGAAUGCAGGACAAGCCUGAGAUGGCGUCCAUGCCCAUCUCGCUGGAGAGCCGUAACUGCGUGCUGCUGAGGAGGGACCUGGUGGCGCUGCCCGCCAGCCUCAUCAGCCAGAUCGGGUACCGCUGCCACCCCAAGCUCUACACCGAGGGGGACCCCGGGGAGAAGCUGGAGCUGGUGGCAGGUUCGGGGGUGUUCAUGACGCGCGGUCAGCUGAUGAACUGCCACCUGUGCGCUGGCAUCAAGCACAAAGUGCUGCUGCGACGGCUGCUCGCCACCUUCUUCGACAGGAACACGCUGGCCAACAGCUGUGGGACGGGGAUCCGCUCGUCCACCAGUGACCCCAGCAGGAAGCCGCUGGACAGCCGAGUCCUCAACGCCGUCAAACUGUACUGUCAGAACUUCGCCCCUAACUUCAAGGAGAGUGAGAUGAACGUGAUUGCGGCGGACAUGUGCACUAACGCGCGGCGCGUGCGUAAGCGCUGGCUGCCCAAGAUCAAGUCCAUGCUGCCGGACGGGAUGGAGGUGUACCGCAGCGGAGGGGGCGUGGCCGUCGCCGCGGCAACAGGACUGGGCCUGGGGCCCUCGGUGGGCGGAGCCUUGACGCUGCCGUUCGAGGCGGAACUCAAGGCGCUCUACGAGGGCCGCAAGGACCCCCUGCGGACUCACCUCCAGCUGGACGAGGGCAGCCCGGGCCCCAGCCCCCCCGCCGACCCCCCCGAGGAGCUGGUGGUGCAGGGGGUGGAGGAGGAGGAGGAGCAGGAGGAGGAGCAGGAGCGGGAGGAGGAGCGCUCAGGAGGAGGGGUGGAGGUGGCGCUGGGGGUCAUGCCAGGGGGGGAGGUGGACGGACAGAGUGGCGCGGAGUUCCCCGACGGCCUGAGGAUUAACGGGCAGUAACGUCCAUCUUCCUCCUCCUCCUCCUCCUCAUCCUCCUUAUCCUCCUCCUCCUCUUCCUCCUCCUCUUCCUCCUCUCUCUCCCUCUCUCCGUUCAGCUUCACACUCUUCUCCUCCUGCGUGACAUCAAGCCACCGCUGCUCUCCAGGGGAACCUCCCCGCGCCAGAACACACACACACACACACACACACACACACACACACACACACACACACACACACACACAGCCUUACAGAGAACAAACACACACAACACACACUGCAGUGCAGAGGUAGCUCUUUAUGAGACAAGUGAGUGGUACCUUCACUCUGAACAAACAUAGGCAAGGCUUAGCUCACACACACACACACACACACACACACACACACAAUGCUGCAUGCCAUAUACAACACAAACAUAAACCCAACGCCACAUGCCAUCAUAACACACACACACACACACACACACACACACACACACACACACACACACACAUAGAUAGACACUGACUCUUGAGCAACUCUAGCCCAGGUCUGGCACUAAUUCACAUUUCCAGAUUUGCUGUUUCCAGGGAACUGAUACCCGAGUUGCACAUCGACUCAGCAAACGUGCACUGACAGGGUACGCUGCAACACACUGCUGCGUGUGUGUGUGUGUGUGUGUGUGUGUGUGUGUGUGUGUUAGUAGUCGACACAAAGUAGCCAGUUCUAUCUGUGGCAGGGCUCGUAGUAAGGUCCGCACACAUUUGGUAUGCGAUGAAAUCGUAGUCGAAUAAUACAUUGUAAUACUGAUACAAUAAUAACGUUUUAAUGGAAACACAUUUUAUACAAGUGAAUCCGUCUUUCUAGGAACACGACUUGGAAAGAGGGAGAUGUUCUCAGAAUAACUCAAAGUGGCCUUGAUUUUGAAACACAGUUUACUACUAAGUAUGUAAUAAACUACAUUUAGUAUAUUUAGAGUUAGCAUUGUAUUAGCCAGUAGCCAAGCACUUCAAACAAGUGGAGAACUAAUCUAAAUUGGAGACGACUAGCUGGAGUGUGAAUGUGCAGCGCAAACGAGGUGAAGUUGAUGAGACCCCUCUGUGUGUGUGUGUGUGUGUGUGUGUAGAGUGGAGGAGCGCAUACGAGGUGCAGUUGAUGAGACCCCUCUGUGUGUGUGUGUGUGUGUGUGUGUGUGUGUGUGUGUCUGUGUGGAGUGGAGGAGUGUCGGCUGACUGUCACAGCAUCUAUAAACCCUCACUGUGCCAGAGUCAAUGAAUCAAGGCCAUGCCUGCGUCUGUUUAGAUGUCAAAACACACAAACACAUAAACCACACGUGUAAACACACAUACUGCUACAUACACACACAUACUGCUUGCUGAUCCACACACACACACACACACACAAACAUGCACACCUAAACAACACGUGCACACAUCCCAUACACACCGCUUGCUGAUUCUCACACUCUCUCUCUCUCUCUCACACACACAUACACACACACACACACACACACACACACACACACACACAUGCACACAGACACACACUUAAAGCAAUAGUUCGGAAUUUUGGACAUAGGACCUCAUUUCCAACUCAGUCUGGGUGAUAUAGGUCGGUGAAGACCAUUUUCAGUGAAUUUCUGCCCUUCCUAUGAGUUGCAGCGUUCAUCUCGUGCUAAUCUGGUGCCAAGAUAACGCAAGUCAAAGGUAACAUCCAGCCUGCCACUGAAAACACUCCACAGAACACCCGAAACAAAUACAUUUUAAUGUCAGACUAUCGAUGCACAUGCCUAGUGUUGAUAGAACCAUGUUAGAAAUAAAACGAACUUUGCAUCGCAUUGCAAUAGCCUACUUUGUUCCCUGUAUGGCAGUGGCGGAUUGAUAUUGAGAAACUAGUCCCUCAAAAUGUAAUAAAUCAUUGAGUUGCAAGGUUAGUUUUAUUUCUAAAAUUAUUCUAUCAACACGGACAUGUAUACCGAUAGUCCGACGAUUUAAUUGACUUGUCUCGGGUGUGCGGUGGAGUGAGUAAGACUGUUGUUGAUGUCAGACUGAUGUUACCGUAGAAAUGUGUUAGCUCAAAACCAGCGUUAGCAAAGGGGGACGCUGCAACUGAAGGAAGGGGCUAAACGCGAUAAAAACGGUCUCCACCGACCUAUAUCACCUCGGUAAAGUUGGAAAUGAGGUCCUAUGUCCAAAAUUCCGAACUAUUCCUUUAACAUGAAACAUGCAGUCACGUCACCCAAGCUGAUUGCUGAAUCACACGCACAUUCACACAGCGCUGUUCACUCCGAGCCCUUGUGAGUCAGGCUCCUGACGCACAGUAACUGGCGGAGAGAACACACACACACACACACACACACACACACACACACACACACACACACACACACACACACACACACACACACACACACACACACACACACACACACACACACACACACACACACACACACACACACACACACACACACACAGUGCCCUGGCUGUAGCGGCACUACGAGUCUCCAGCCCUGCAGCAAGAACAAGCAAAGAAAGCAACCUUCAUAGUCUCAGAAUAUAUCGCCACAAUAUGCACACAAAUGCUUGCAUGCAUAAUGAACAACAAACAAACUGCCUCUAACAGCUCUUUGUGAAGAAAAGCAACUGCUACUGUUGCCUGAGGACGGGCUAGGAGAGAUUCUUUUUACCUUUUGUCCUGAAUCCUGUUCCUGAAGACCCAUUUGUGAUGCUUUGACUCUGGAGGAGAGACCUGUGCGUCUGCUCGAGGGGGAGAUGUGCGAGACCUGUGCGUCUGCUCGAGGGGGAGAUGUGCGAGAUCGAUUUUAUUUUCCAACGCAGGAGGGAUUCCGUGAGCAAUGUGGAGCCUUUGCAUUUUGGCUCUGAUUGAGUAAAUUAUUUAAUGAUGAAACUACUACAGAUGUUGUUUUCUUGUCUGCUGGCUUUCUUGCAUUUGCACUUGAAGAGGACAGAGGGACACAGGCCUGCCGUCGUGGGUUGACUUUUGGAGCUGCCAAGUACAGACUGUUAAAAAGGAAGAGCCCCCCCCCCCUCGCUCUUUUCUACUGUCUGCCUCGUGUGUGUGUUGAAACGAGGUGUCCAGUAGUGGCCAGCUCUCACACACACACAACACACACACACACACACAGCACAGCGAUGAGAGGGGACACCGCCCAGUGACACUACACCUGCUGAGCCCCUCCCCCAAAUGUGUUACCUUUUGCUUUUGCUUUUGUUUUUGUUUUUGUUUGUGUUGUUUUGUUUUGUUUGCAUCUGUUUCUGCAUCUGUUUGGAUCUACUCGACGCUGUGGCCCAUGCAGAGAGGAAAUGGCACACAUGAAUAUGGCUUUUGCUCCCAAGUACACUCAGCAUCCUGCAUAUGUACCGGACGUACAGUAUGCUUUUCAGCCUGGAGCACUGCUCUAAGUAUAUGGUAUAAGUGCGUACUAUAUAGUAUGCUUUUCAGCCUGGAGCACUGCUCUAAGUAUAUGGUAUAAGUGCGUACUAUAUAGUAUGCUUUUCAGCCUGGAGCACUGUUCUAAGUAUAUAGUAUAAGUGCGUACUAUGUAGUAUGCUUUUAAGCCUGGAACACUGCUCUAAGUACAGUAUAUAGUAUAAGUACGUACUAUAUAGUAUGCUUUUAAGCCUGGGGCACUGCUCUCACUACCAGACGAACACGAGACACUCUUACAGCACAUCAAGGGAAAACGGUGCCAGAAGUCAUCGUGUCUGAGAGCAGUGACGAGGCAGUGACACUUCAUGUGUCCCAUUAUGACCUGGCAGUGACGAGGCAGUGACAUCAUCACCUGGCAGUGACGAGGCAGUGACGCUUCAUGUGUCCCAUUAUGACCUGGCAGUGACGCCUCAUGUGUCCAGCAGAGUUAACGACUUCUGUCUCUGAGCAGACUGCCACCAGGUUGACCUCAGAAGCAGCAUGCGUUUGCUGUUUUAUCGUUUCCAAAUUUUAUAGAUCAGUCUAGAGUGUAGGAAUACAUUUCAUACACACACACACACACACACUCACACACUCACAAAAAAGAAACAUUGUACAUGUAUUUGUCAAUACAUUUAUUUUUUUGCCAAACUUGAUCAGAAACAGACAGUCUAUGCAGUUGUUGCCCGUCACAUUUGACCUUUGACCUUUGACCUUUGUUUGAUCCUCUGAUCUGCAUGCGAGCCCCAUUUGGGGCAGUUCUGUUGCCGUGAUUGGCCAGAGCAGCGAUGUGUGUGGGGGCGCUUUCUUCACAUGGAACACAGGGUGUUUUGUUGCACUAGGACUUGAAAACGUUUACAUGGGUGUUUGUGAGAGCUACAAUCAAACACACUGCGAGGGUGCAAA